AUGGCGACCUAUGCAUUGAUCCCGACCCACGGGGAAUCUCGACCAUCGGGCGACUCUUUGGACCCGAUCGAACCAUUUCUGUCCCGACCGUCGUCAUCCGGGUCCUCAGCUCAUCGGAGUCCAGCUCGGGUCCUGAUCCGGCUGUAUAUCUCCCAUUUCCUGUCAACAUGGAACUCGCGCAUGUUUGAGUUUGGGGCCGUCUUGUUCCUGGCCACCAUCUUUCCCGGGACAUUGCUGUACGCCUCGGUCUAUGCUCUGGUGCGGUCCCUAUCCGCGGUAGUCUUGUCAUCCUGGCUCGGAUCGGUGGUGGACCGAUCGAACCGGCUGCGUGCAAUUCGGCAUUCCAUUAUCUGGCAGCGACUCCCCGUGGCUGCCUCCUGCGCAUGUUUUGUGGCUCUACUUGCGCCGUCUACAGCCACGGUUACGUCCCUGAUCUUUGUGGCCGUGGUUCUGCUCGCUUGCGUGGAAAAGCUGGCUGCUACAGCGAACACGGUGGCGGUUGAGAGAGAUUGGGCGAUUGUUGUGUCGCGUGCUCUGGACAUCCCCCGACAAGGUAUGUGGCUGACAGACCUCAAUGCAUCCAUGAGACGAAUUGACCUUUUCUGCAAGCUCUUAGCUCCGGUUGUCAUAUCCUUGAUUGACGGGUUCUCAACCAGGAUUGCUAUCUGGACCGUCUUGGGAGUCAAUGUCUCUUCUGUUGUGGUUGAAUAUAUUGCAAUUGCUCAGGUGUAUACGUCCAUCCCUGAAUUGGAGCGUUGUCAAGGUCGGGACAAUGGAAUCGAAGAUGAACCUGAGUCCGGUCAGGCGAGUGACGCAGCCUGUCGGAUACCCCAGUACAUCGCCAAGGUUGCUGCCCCAUGGCAAGAGUAUGUGGCCAGCUCCGUAUUUCUGGCCUCCCUUGCCCUGAGCCUGCUUUACCUCACCGUACUCUCGUUUGGCACUACCAUGGUUACGUAUCUGCUCCACACCGGAUUUACCCCGCUGCAGGUCAGCGCGAUGAGGAUCGGCGCCGUCAUUGCAGAGCUAUCUGGGACGUGGGCAGCCCCCUUCAUCAUGGACAGAAUUGGGCCCAUCCGGUCAGGCCUGUGGUUUCUCAACUGGCAGUUUGGCUGCCUGGCCGCUGCAGUGGCGGUAUUUGCUUUCCUUGAUAACCAGUCUCAGGUGGUGGCCGUGAGUCUGAUCGUUGGCGUGGCACUCAGCCGAAUUGGACUGUGGGGGUUCGAUCUGUCGGUGCAGUUUCUGGUACAAGAGGGUGUUGACGAACAUGCUCGUGCGCGGUUCUCAUCCACGGAAAUGGCGCUCCAAAACAUCUUCGAGCUUUUCUCCUUUGCCACCACCAUCGCCUUUCCCCUGCCGGAACAAUUCAAAUAUCCCGUCUAUAUCAGUUACGGAGGGAUUGGCAUGGCCGCCAUCUGCUUUGCGACAUAUGUCCGCAAGGAACGGGGGCAUCUGCUGCAUACCUCCAAGUGCUUUGGGGGAGAGAAGAAGAUAUCGACCCCUCAGGAUGAAAUCAUGCACAGCGCAUGA